CGGUAACCGUGCGAUUGCCCGGAUGUGGUGACGUGAUCUGCCGCUGUCAUGGCGGCGGAGGUUGAGGAGAGCGCUGAGUUAGCUCAGUAUGUGACCGAAUUCAUUGAAAAAGAGUUCGCGGAGGUCCCGACAUCAUUAAAGAAGCUCCCCAGACUAAUAGAGGAGCUAGCCCUGUGUAAAAGAAACCUGGAGGAGCAGGUUCUUACUGUCUCAUCAGAAGUACCAAAAAAAAUUGAAAAUGCAUACAAGAAGGCUGAAAACGCCAAAAGAUUACUCAAUAUCUUGCUUGAGAAAAACUCAACCUUAGCUAAAUCAAUUAGCAAUCAUCUACUAACAGCCCAUCCUUUAAUGGAAGAACUGAAAGUAUUGAUUGGUCAGAUUGAGGAAAUUGAACGACACCUUUGGUACUUGAAAUGGAUUUCACAAAUAGAAGAGUUAAGCAAUUGCAUUCAGCAGCACCUCAUGACUAAUAGUGUAUCAGAUGCUGCCAGUACCCUGGUUUCCAUGGCAGAAUUAGAUAUAAAGCUUAAAGAGUCAUCUUGUACUCAUCUGCUCAACUUCAUAAGAUCCACGGUCAAAUUCUGGCACAAAAUUCUCAAGGACAGACUAACUAAUGAUUUUGAAGAAGUCUUAAAGCAACUGCAUUGGCCUUUGAUUGGGCCUCCACAGUCCCAGAUUCCUGCCUUGGCAUCAACCGCAAACUCGGCAGAAUUCAACAAUAACUUGGAAACACUUUUUAUUCAGCUUCUGAAGUUACAGACAUCAGAUGAGCUGGUAACUAAACAAAAACAACUACCAGAGAAGUAUGAAAUUCCUCCUUCCUUACCUAUUGCAAUUCCCAUACAGCUCAUGUUACUACCGUUGCAGAAGAGAUUUAAAUACCACUUUUCUGGGAACAGACAAACCAAUUUGAUAAACAAGCCAGAGUGGUAUCUGACACAAGUGCUUAUGUGGAUUGGAAAUCAUAUUAAAUUUUUUGAAGAGAAAAUUCAGCCCAUUGUGGAUAAAACAGGCUCAUCUUUGGACGCUAAGCUGGAGUUCUCACGGGGUCUAGUGAUGUUGGUUUUGGAGAAGAUGUCUGCUGAUAUUCCCAAGCUCCUCUAUGAUGAUAACCUGUUUUGCCACGUGGUAGAUGAAAUCUUGUUGUUUGAGAAAGAGCUGCAUAGUGCCUAUGGUUAUCCCAACAACCUCCCAAGCUGUAUGCAUAUCCUUUCAGAAGAGACCUGCUUUCAGAAAUGGUUGACAGUGGAAAGAAAAUUUGCUUUAGAAAAGAUGGACUCUGUCUUGUCUUCAGAGACUGCUUGGACAUCUCAGUAUAAGGAUAUUGUUGAUGUAGAUGAGAUGAAAGCUCCAGAUUGUGCUGAAACAUUCAUGACACUUCUUCUAGUUAUUACAGACCGGUACAAGAAUCUUCCCACUGCUGCUCGAAAACUGCAGUUUUUGGAACUACAGAAGGAACUGAUUGAUGAUUUCAGGAUUCGUCUGACUCAAGUAAUGAAGGAGGAGACCCAUUCUCCUCUAGGAUCCCGUUACUGUGCGAUUUUGAAUGCUGUAAACUAUAUAGCAGCAGUUUUAGCAGAUUGGGCAGACAAUGUGUUCUUCUUGCAGCUUCAGCAAGCAGCACUUGAGGUUUGUGGAGUGAGCAACACCUUGACUGAAUUACAGCUCGGCCAGCUGGCCUCUCUUGAAAGCUCUGUCUUUGAUAAUAUGAUUGAUUUGCUGGAGCGCCUGCGAUGUGAUAUGUUGACACGACAAGUAGAGCAUGUCUUCAGAGAAGUGAAGGACAAAGCAAAACCAUAUAAGAAAGAAAGGUGGUUGUUUUUGCCAUCACAGUCAGAUCAAGCUGUCAUGUGUUUGUCGAGUUCAGCUUGUCCAAUGUUACUGACUCUUCGAGAUCUGUUGUUGCAAUUGGAGCAGGAGCUCUGUCACUCCCUUUUUAAAUCUUGUUGGCAAAUGCUUGCUGAGAAACUGGACUUGUUCAUCUACCAGGAUAUUAUCCUAGCAAAUCACUUCAAUGAAGGUGGAUCAGCACAACUGCAGUUUGAUAUGACUCGGAAUCUUUUCCCAUUGUUUGCCCAUUAUUGCAAAAGACCAGAAAACUACUUUAAACAAGUGAAAGAAGCUUGUGUCAUCCUGAAUCUGAAUGUUGGAUCGGCGCUGCUGUUACGUGAUGUGCUACAGACUAACUCUGGCAAUGUGAUUGAUGCAGGUGCUUGCUCUGAUUGGCACACAGCUACAGCAGCUUUGAAUGAACUUGGAGUUUAUAAACUGGCCCCACAAGAUGUUGAGAUCCUGUUGAAUUUAAGGACAAACUGGCCUAGUACAGGAAAUAAGUGAGCCAUUAAUUGGCAGGAAUAUCAUAGUUGCACAGAAGUACAUAAUUGAUGUGACUGCAUUGCUAUGUUCACAAGGAUAAUGAGAAUAGAUGGGCAUCGUCAGUAGUCACUUAUUUAGAUUUGUAAAUUAAGCUGUGUCUGAAAAUGCCAAUCCACAAUGUUCUACAUUGUCCCUUUGAAUUAAACAUUAUUUAAAAUAGUCAUAUGUAUUUUGAAGACUAAACUAAGUACAUAAUACACACACAUAUACAACAAUUCCUAAGUGCUCUUGGUUAUAGUCCAACAGGUUUCUUUGGAAUCACUAGCUUUCAGUGCACUGCUUCUUUAUCAGGAGGUCAUGGAGCAGAAUCAUAAGACACAGACUUAUGAUUCUGCUCCAUACCCACCUGAUGAAGAAGCAGCGCAUUGAAAGCUAGUGAUUCCAAAUAAACCUGUUGGACUAUAACCUGCUGUUGUGUGAUUUUAACUUUGUCCACCCCAAUCCAACACUAGCACCUCCAAAUCAUAAGUGCUGUUGAUCAUAUGUUGUUGGCAUACCUUGAGUGUUCAGUAGUAGUAAUGCCAUUUGAAUGCCAAGGCAAGAAUUUUAAAUUAUAUCUUGCAGAAGAUGCUAAUUGUCACUUAAGCAGCAAAUAACAUUUAUGCCACACAUCAGUCCAAGUCUGAAUGCUGUCCAGGUCUUGCUGAAUAUUGGCACAGGUGGAUUUAAGUUAUUUAAGAGUUGUGAAUAGUGUUGAACAGUGUGUAAUCUGUGAACAUCCCACAUCUGAUUUUAUGAUGGUAGGAUUGUAAUAUAUGUCCUUGGAUAGGACAUAGACAAACUCACUGGUAUUGGCACUGAGGUGACUUUUUAAAAAUUCAUUCAAGGGUGUUGUUAACUAGGCCAAUGUUCAAUGCCCAAAACUCCCCCAAAUGUUAGAUGUUAUUAAAAUCAGAACAGUUUAUAAAAUGGCAGAUUGUGUUGUGUUAUUCCUAUAUUAAAUGCAUAUUUAUCACGUACAUCAUCUGAAGUAUUGACAUCAAGGUUACUAUGUAAAGGCUAAUACAAUAAAACAUUAUCUCUGAACUAGUUUUAAUUAUAAACUCAAUUACA